UAAGAUCUUUUUUCUCUAGUCAACAAGAAACAUGAUUAGUCCAAAGAAGCUUAUCAAAUUGGCAAAGAAGUGGCAGAACCUGGCUGCAAGCAAGCGAAAAAGAAUCUCAUUGCCAACAGCAUCUGGGGUUGCCAAACCAGAGGUUUGCAGCCCAUCUUCAAUGGCUGAGAAGGGUCAUUUUGUUAUAUACACUGCAGACCAGAAGCGCUUUGUUAUUCCCUUAAAAUAUCUUAAAAACAACAUCAUUCGAGAACUCUUUAAAAUAGCAGAAGAUGAGUUUGGACUUCCUGGCGGGCCUAUCACAUUGCCUUGUGAUGCAGUUUUCAUGGACUAUGCAAUCUCAUUGAUCCAUAGGUGUAUGUCAAAAUAUGUAGAUAAGGCAUUGCUUACGUCCUUAAGUACCGGUCGCUGUUUAUGGUCUUCAUACCACAAUCAGGAGCAAAGUACCCAACAUUCACUAGUUUGCGCCUUCUAAAGCAGAUCUUAGUUUAGCUGAAUCUUUGUAUACAAU